GAGUUGGCCCGCCUCCGUGAAGAACUGCAACAGGAAGCCUCACGAGCAGCAACCUCCAGGGAUCAGUCUUCAGUCAAUCUAGCUAAAACGGAGCGCGAACUUAAAUCCGCUCUGCAGCAAACCAAAGAGGCUGCCGAAAUUGAGGCAAAUAUCUUACGCACUCAGCUGACUGAAGCGCGUCAGCAGGCCGACGUCAUGAUGGAGACUCGUCUACGUGAGCACAAAAUAGCCAUGGAAGAGGCACUGCAAGUGGCCGAACGGCAAAGAGAAGCAUUGACUGCAGAGGACGCCUGA